GCAUUAGAUGAAAGUAAUUUAGGCAAUGUUUGAAUAUUCAAGAACGACCAGCUGUUGCUGUUCUAUCAAAAAAUGCACAAGAAUCCGUAAUAAAAUUAAGUCCUUCUAAACCCACAAGAGAUGAGAUACGUAAUUCUAUUGAAGUCUUUUUGAAGUCUCACCAAAUUAAAGUACAUCCUGAAACUCAUAAUAAAACGGGGCAUUGGAGGGACUUAGAAAUACCUGAUAGUAAGCAAAUGUUGAACAAUAUGAUGAUCGAGGCUUUACAAAGAAAAGUAAAAUCUUUGGGUGAUGCAGUUUUCCAAUCAGACUUGGAAUCUGCUGUUCGAUAUUCCAUUUUUCAAGAAAUUCCAAAGCAAGCUAAUAUUGAUACUGAAAAAUUGAUUGCUCUGCAGCAAUUUGUUUCAGUAUUAGCAAAAUAUUUUCAUAUGGGACCAUCUGGUAAAGCCUUCUUGAACAGGCUUGAUGAUAGCUUACAAAGAUUGACUGAAAUCAAUGGACAAGACUUCUUUGCCUUAGUAAAGACUUUAGAAGAGGGCAGGCCCGUAUUCUCUACUCAUCAAUGGUUAGGCUGCAAGGGUAGCAGACCUGGUCUUCGAGGCUAUCCAUGUGGUAUGUGGACCUUAUUCCAUCAUCUAACAGUUCAGGCUGCAGAAGACCAUUCUAAUGACGAAAAUCCUGUGGCUAAAGGACAAGAAAUAUUACAAGCUAUGCAUGGAUAUAUUAAAAACUUUUUUGGCUGUGCUGAUUGCAGUAAUCACUUCCAGGAAAUUUCUCAAAGAAAUAUUUGGCAUGUUGUAGGAGGCGAUGAGGCUAUUUUGUGGCUCUGGGCUGCACAUAACCAAGUUAAAAGACUUUCAGGAGAUAUUUCAGAAGAUCCUGAGCAUCCUAAAAUCCAAUUUCCCUCUUAUGGGUGUCCAGCUUGCUACAAAAGCAAAGGUGGAGAUUGGCAAUAUUUGAAAGUAUUAGAAUAUAUCAAACAAUUGCACAGUCCUGCUAAUGUAAGUCUUUUAGAUGUAGAUUUAAGUAUUUAUAUUGAACCAAAGGCGAUGUUCAGUUCGGCUAAUAUAACGAAAUUAGAUUUUAAUAUUUGUAUAUUGAUGUAUGCCGCUUGUGGUGGUUUAAUAUUUGUAGCCAUUAAAAUGAUAUUGAAAAAGAAAUACAAAAAGAAAUCUUAUCCGUAUGAUGUUCUGGGAAAAUCUAGUGAUAACAAAAUCUAUUAA